AUGAGCGACUCCGAGGAAAUAGUGCUUUCUCAAUUGCCUAAGCCUCAAAAUGGAUCUUUAGAAAUUAAAGACGAAACCGAAGAAGCACCAUUGGCGCUGCUUAACGGGCUGCCCAAGAAGAAAAGAAAGUCUACAUCUAAAGAAAAUGGUUCAUCAAGCAAGAAAAAGAAGACGUCUAAAAAGAAGCAAAAAACCACUAAGGUGAAGGAAGACCCUGAGAUCAAGCUGGAAACAACAGAUGUGGAGCCUGUCGCGAAAGACAGUGAUCGUAAAGCUUCAAAGAAGUCCACAGCCACUCCCAGAAAGGACACAGAGACCCCGAAGCCUGAGACUUCGCUUGAACCGGAAACCCCAAAGAAAGAUUCACAGGAAGCAGAGGAUUACAAGUGGUGGGAAGAUGAGAAGUUUGGAGAGGGCCCAGACAGAUGGCAAACCUUGGAACACAAUGGUGUCAUUUUCCCUCCACCUUAUAAGCCCUUGCCUUCGUACGUGAAGUUGUAUUACGAUCUGAAACCCGUGAACUUGCCGCUUGCUGCAGAAGAAGUGGCCGGGUUUUUCGCAGAAAUGUUAGAAACCGAUCACGCGAAAAACCCCGUAUUUCAAAAGAACUUCUUUGAAGAUUUUCUCCAGGUUUUGCGUGAGAACGGCGGAUGCGACGUGGACAUUACCGAAUUUGACAAAUGUGACUUCUCUAAGAUGCAUGCGCAUUUCGUUAAAGUACGGGAAGAGAAGAAGAACAUGAGCAAGGCCGAAAAGUUGAGACUUAAACAAGAGCGUGAAGCGUUAGAGGAGCCUUACCGUACUUGCUUGUUGAAUGGAAGACGUGAGAAUGUAGGAAACUUCAAGGUUGAACCUCCUUCUUUAUUCCGUGGUAGAGGUGCUCAUCCAAAGACUGGUAAAUUGAAGAAAAGAGUUUAUCCGGAGGAUAUCACAUUGAAUUUGGGCAUAGAAGCUCCAAUUCCACCAGCACCCGAAGGUCACAAAUGGGGCGAAAUUAGACACGAUAAGUCCGUGGUCUGGCUUGCUAUGUGGAAGGAAAAUAUUUCCGAUUCCUUCAAGUACGUCAAACUUGCUGCAAACUCGUCCAUCAAGGGCAUAUCGGAUAUGAAAAAAUUUGAAACUGCACGCCGAUUAAAGGAUCACAUCGAGAGAAUCAGAGAUGAUUAUAAGAAAAUGUUGAAGGAUCCUUUUAUGCAAAACCGACAAAUUGCCACUGCCACAUACCUUAUAGAUGUGUUUGCUCUUAGAGCUGGUGGUGAAAAGGGUGAAGAUGAAGCGGAUACUGUUGGUUGUUGUUCUUUACGGUAUGAGCAUGUUACGUUGAGACCACCUAACACUGUGAUUUUUGACUUUUUGGGUAAAGAUUCCAUUCGUUUCUAUCAAGAGGUCGAGGUGGACAGACAGGUGUUCAAAAACUUACGUAUUUUCAAAAAGGAACCCAAGCAACCUGGUGAUGACUUGUUUGAUAGGAUUACACCUGCAACUUUGAACAAGCAUUUACAAGCUUACAUGAAGGGAUUAACUGCUAAAGUUUUCCGUACUUACAACGCGUCCAAGACCAUGCAAGAUCAAAUGGAUUUGAUUCCCAAUGAGGGAACAGUGGCAGAAAAAGUGAUGAAGUACAAUGCUGCUAACAGGACUGUCGCCAUCUUGUGUAAUCACCAGCGUACAGUAAGUAAAGCGCAUCAGAACUCGGUAGGAAAAAUCCAAGAGAAGAUCAAGGAAAUGGAAUGGCAGAAAAUCCGGUUGAAGAAGAUGAUUUUGGUACUCGAUUCAUCGCAGAAAGCUAAAAACCCGAAGUACUUCGAAGAACUUGAAGACAUGACAAGUGAGGACCAGUUAAUGGUUGUCACUCAAAUGAUUGAAAGACAACGUGAACAAGCGAAGCGUAAGUGGACGCGAGACAACGAGAAAAGGGCAAUGGAAAAGCAGGAGCUAUUGACUGAAGAGGACUUGCAAGAAAAACUCAGUAAAAUCAAAGCAUCCGAGGAAGAAUAUCGACACGAAAUCGAACUGGGAGAAGUUGAAGUGACUAAAGGUGCAUCAGUGGAGAAGUUGAAAGUACAGAUCGAGAAGAUAGAGAACCGGAUUUUGAACACAAACUUUCAGCUUAAAGACAAAGAGGACAACUCAGAGGUUUCACUUGGAACGUCUAAGUUGAACUAUAUUGAUCCCAGAUUGACGGUUAUGUUUGCGAAGAAGUUUAACGUGCCUAUUGAAAAGCUUUUUACCAAAACAUUGCGGGAGAAAUUUACAUGGGCCAUUGAGUCUGCAGACGAGAACUGGAGAUUUUAG